AAAAAAAUAAUGAUUUACAACAAAAUCAUCAAUUCUUGGAUUAUUUUAUUUUUAAUUUUUGUCGACAUUUUUAUAAGCGUUUAUGGUGCUGAUGUAACCCCUGCACAGGCGUUAAAAUUUGUAAAUAGCAAAAUGACAAAAUCUAAUCAAGUUAACAAGAAGCCACAUAUUAAUACUAUGAGUAAGAAAACCGUGAAUGUAUAUCAGGUGAAAACCGGCAUAUAUGCAUAUGCAUCGGGACUGGCAGUUGAUACUGAUGGAAGCGAUCCCGAUGAUGACCCCGACCAUCAGGAUGAAACCAAGUGGAAAGAUUCGGACGGCGAAAGUAUUGGGGCGCAUCGCGUUCCAUACUAUGUGCUAGGAGACACUUGCCCUGAAGAGACGAAACCGUGCCCAUAUUUCUUCUACAAAGAACACAAUAUUGCUGGAUUACAGUUUGCGUUAUUCUUUUUCAAAGGAAAGGCGAUAGGUGCUGUUUUUGGGGACACACAAGGUGAUUCUGAGACUGACACCUCCAGUAAUGAUUCGAGAGAACUCGGGGAAGCGUCAGUCAAAACUGCCCAAUUACUUGGAAUCAACAGUAGUGGCACAAAUGGAGGUGUGGAUUCGGGUGUUACUGUGGUUAUUUUCUCUGGAAGUAGUUGGGUGGUGAAAGGAACAAACGAUAAUUUAAGCAGUAAAGCACAGGCGCUAGUCAAAAAGGCUUUGAAUUUAUUGAAAUGA